AUGAGGCUUCACCUCGUCCUCGUCCUCUCGGCGUGCGCCCGUGCUGCGCUCGGAUCCGACCAGCCCAUCCUUGGCGCGCUCGUGAGCGGUGGCGCCGUCCACAAGAUGAACCGCACCUCGCUCGAGGCGGAGCUUGCACUGCGUGAGACGGAUCACGCGCCGUGGGAGAGCGACGACGUGCUGCGGCUGCGGCUGCACGAAGCGCGCGCGCGGCUGCUCGAGCGGCGCAACGCGCACGUCCUCCACGCCGAGCGUGUCCUCGCGGAGCUGAACGAGCACUCGGGCGCCACCUUCCUGUCCGACCUGCCGCUGGACGCCAUCCUCGCCGACGACAACGCCGUCUUCGCCGCCGCGCUCGGCGGCCGGCUGCUGUCGCAGCUCAACAUGCAGACCGCAGCCGGCUCGCUGCUCGGCGUCGUCCUCUGCCGCUUUGCGCCGCUCGGGAGGCUGCCCAGCCGCGCGCGCCUGCUGCCCCUCACCUCCACGGUGGCGGUGGCGGCGGCGACGGCGACGUUGCUGGGGCUGCUGCAGGCGGCGACGCAAGGCCUGCGGCAGCUCGCCGGCUGCCCGUCCGACUUUGGCCAGAAGCUCGCCGCGGUCACUUGCCGCGACGGUGUUGCCGUCUGGGUGGACUCCGCCGCAUCAGAAGCUGCCGAGGCGGCGGCGGGCGGCGGCAGCGCCUCAGGCGACGAGCCUCCCCGACUCUCGCUGUGGGCGGCGCUGCGGCGCCCCGCCACGCGCGGCGCCAUCCUGCUCCCCAUCCUCCAGCUCGCCGCCGGCAGCUCUAUGGGCGAGGAGGCGAGAUUCGAGAUUUCAGGAGAUGUGCUCUUCCGUGCGCUGCUGCUCCACGGGCUCGUCUCAAAGGCGCGGCUGCCGGCGCCGCUCGCCGCCGCGCUGAGCUCGGCGGUCUUCGGGGCGAUGCACAUCUGGAACGAGCGCUCUGCCGUGCAGCGCUCCAUCUACGCCGCGUGGACCUUCCUCGGCGGCCUCGUCUUCGGCGCCGCCUACCUCGGCACGGGCGGCGGCCUGGCGCUGCCGGUGCUGCUCCACUUCGGAAACAACUUCAUCGUGCAGCUCGUGUGCGUGCGCAAGGUGGCGCAGGCGGCGCUCGCCCAGCGGAACGCGUUCGUCGAGGCGCGGGACCGCGUGGUCGCCGGCCGGGCCGCGGCCGGGCCCGCCAGGAGCCGAGUCGUGGGCUCCGGCGGAGUCGUCGCACCCGCAAAGGCGCCUCGGCGCCAGGCUGGCGGCGCCGACCCAGAGACCGUCCAAGUCUACUAA